AUGAUUCUGAGACAGUCCCCACUGACCGAGGCUCUGGUGUUAGGAACCAGACAGCCCCCACUGACCGAGGUUCUGGUUUUCGGAAUCAGACAGCCCCCUCUGACCGAGGCUCUGGACUUAGGAACCAGACAGCCUCCACUGACCGAGGCUCUGGUGUUAGGAACCAGACAGCCCCCUCUGACCGAGGCUCUGGUGUUAGGAACCAGACAGCUCCCACUGACCGAGGCUCUGGACUUAGGAACCAGACAGCUCCCACUGACCGAGGCUCUGGACUUAGGAACCAGACAGCCCCCACUGACCGAGGCUCUGGACUUAGGAACCAGACAGCCCCCUCUGACCGAGGCUCUGGACUUAGGAACCAGACAGCCCCCUCUGACCGAGGCUCUGGUGUUAGGAACCAGACAGCCCCCACUGACCGAGGCUCUGGUGUUAGGAACCAGACAGCCCCCUCUGACCGAGGCUCUGGUGUUAGGAACCAGACAGCCCCCACUGACCGAGGCUCUGGUGUUAGGAACCAGACAGCCCCCACUGACCGAGGCUCUGGUUCCCAAAGACCUGUGCUCUGCCAACUGA